ACUCCUCUCUUUCUAUGAGCAAGAGAACCGUAGAGCAAGGGUCGAUUUUCUCCUCAGCGUAUGCUUAUGGAAGGAGCGAAGCGGAUGGUCUUCUCCCCGUCCGCCUGCCGGGAGCGUGUGUGAGGAAAAGAGGGCACCACCGCGGCCUUCGUACUCGAUACGGAGACGCCGGUUGGCCUGUUCUACUUCUGAGGCGAACACCUCUCUCCGUUGGCUCCCAACGGCCGAAGCAUUUCCCUCGCAUUCAAGGAGCCCGUUCCUCGGGCCGCUUCCUCGCCUGUCUCGGGAGGAAAGGGGCGGAGUCAGGGCAACGAGAUCACAUGACCUUGCGUGGCGGCGCGGCAGCCAUCUUGUGUUGUUGAGGCUGAGGAUUGGCCUUUGGAUCCGAGAGACUCUCUUUCCGCGACCUCAGGUUAAUACUUUAAACAAUGGCAGCAGAAACUCAGACACUUAACUUUGGGCCUGAAUGGCUACGAGCUCUGUCUAGUGGUGGGACUGUGACAUCUCCCCCUCUCUCUCCAGCUUUGCCAAAGUAUAAAUUAGCAGAUUAUCGUUAUGGGAGAGAAGAAAUGCUAGCACUUUUUCUGAAAGAUAAUAAGAUUCCGUCAGAUCUUCUGGAUAAGGAGUUUCUUCCUAUUUUACAGGAAGAGCCCCUACCACCCUUGGCACUAGUACCUUUUACAGAAGAAGAACAGAGAAAUUUCUCCAUGUCUGUAAAUAGUGCUGCUGUCCUACGAUUGAUGGGACGAGGAGGAGGAACAGUGGUAGGGGCUCCUCGAGGUCGAAGUUCCUCUAGAGGUCGAGGCAGAGCCAGAGGAGAAAGUGGCUUCUACCAAAGAAGUUUUGAUGAUGUGGAGGGUGGCUUUGGUCGAGGAGGGGGCAGAGAAAUGCACAGAUCACAGAGCUGGGAGGAAAGGGGAGAUAGGCGAUUUGAAAAACCAGGACGAAAAGAACCAGCAAGACCAAACUUUGAAGAUGCUGGAACGGCAACAGCAGGAAGGAAGCAUGAGUUUAUACGCUCUGAGAGCGAGAACUGGCGCAUCUUCAGAGAAGAACAAAAUGGUGAAGAAGAUGAUGGAGGUUGGCGACUGGCUGGUUCACGACGGGAUGGUGAAAGGUGGCGACCUCAUAGUCCAGACGGCCCUCGUUCUGCAGGCUGGAGAGAACACAUGGAGCGACGACGAAGGUUUGAAUUUGAUUUCCGAGACCGGGAUGAUGAACGGGGUUACCGAAGAGUGAGAUGUGGCAGUGGUAGUAUGGAUGAUGAUAGAGAUAGCCUUCCUGAAUGGUGCUUAGAAGAUGCUGAAGAGGAAAUGGGCACUUUUGACUCAUCUGGAGCAUUCCUGUCUUUAAAAAAGGUUCAGAAGGAGCCAAUUCCUGAGGAACAGGAAAUGGAUUUCCGCCCUGUAGAAGAGGGGGCAGCUGACUCUGAUUCAGAAGGAAAUCACAAUGAAGAAGCCAAAGAAGCAGAUAAGAUUCAUAUGAAGGAAGGGGUUAAAGCAGAGCAAACAGCUGCAGAAGUAACAGAAGAAACAGUGAAAGAAUCUUCACCAUCCACCAGGUCAGGCACUCCACCAAAACCCCAGGCACAAGAGUCAUUGCCAGCAAGCCUGCUUGAAAGAAGAGGAGAUUGUAUUUCAGAAGUAAUAGAAAAAAAUAAUUAUAAAGAGAACCAAACAGAGGAUGUCCCAUCAGCCAAAGUGCCCGGUAAAGAAGAGCCAACUUCUGUUGUCCAGCCUUUACUGCAUAUACUUCCAGAAGCAACUUCCCCUGUUCCUCUUCCUCCUUCAGAGUCUAAUCCAAAUUCUGCCUUAAGACCAGUUCAGACUUCAGUCACAGCUGCACCAGGCAUGGGGAGUGUUCCUUCUGACCCUGAUGAUGAAGAGGGCCUAAAACAUUUAGAACAGCAAGCAGAAAAAAUGGUGGCAUAUUUGCAGGAUAGCGCCCUGGACGAUGAAAGACUAGCAACCAAACUUCAAGAGCAAAGAGCAAAGGGUACUUCAAUAUCAUUACACCCUGAGGCCAUGCAAAAGUGGUUCUACAAAGAUCCACAAGGAGAAAUUCAAGGUCCUUUCAGUAACCAGGAGAUGGCAGAAUGGUUUCAAGCUGGGUAUUUUACAAUGUCACUACUAGUGAAAAGAGCAUGUGAUGAGAGCUUCCAGCCACUUGGAGACAUCAUGAAAAUCUGGGGCAGGGUCCCUUUUACUCCUGGUCCAGCACCACCUCUCCAUAUGGGUGAGUUGGACCAGGAACGGCUGACUAGGCAGCAGGAACUCACGGCCAUGUACCAAAUGCAACAUCUCCAGUACCAGCAAUUUUUAUUACAACAACAGUAUGCACAGGUAAUGGCACAGCAGCAAAAAGCAGCUCUCUCAUCUCAGCAGCAACAGCAACUGGCUCUCCUUUUGCAACAAUUCCAGGCACUUAAAAUGAGAAAAGCUGAGCAGAACAUGGGGCCACCUGUAUCAAGAUCUGUGUCAGUGCCAGACACUGGCUCAAUUUGGGAGCUUCAGUCAGCAGCUCCACCAGCUACAGUUUGGGAAGGAAACAGUGUCUGGGAUCUCCCAAUUGAUAAUACAUCUCAGGGACCAUCUCUAGAACAGUUACAGCAGCUUGAAAAGGCUAAGGCUGCAAAGCUAGAACAGGAGCGAAGAGAAGCUGAACUAAGGGCCAAAAGAGAAGAAGAGGAGAGGAAGAGACAGGAGGACAUUCGGAGACAACAGGAAGAACUAAUCAGGAGGCAAGAGGAAGAGAGAAAAAGAAGAGAAGAGGAGGAAAUGGCUCGCAGGAAGCAGGAGGAAGCUCUGAGACGGCAGAGAGAACAAGAAAUUGCACUAAGACGGCAGCGUGAAGAAGAGGAGCGGCAGCAACAGGAGGAAGCACUUAGAAGGUUGGAGGAAAGGAGAAGAGAAGAAGAGGAGAGACGGCAGCAAGAAGAGUUGCUUCGUAAACAGGAAGAGGAGGCGGCCAAAUGGGCACGUGAAGAAGAGGAAGCAAAGCGUCGGUUAGAAGAAAACCGGUUACGUAUGGAAGAGGAAGCAGCCCGACAGCGGCAGGAGGAAGAAGAAAGGAAACGUAAGGAGCUGGAACUCCAACGCCAGAAAGAAAUUAUGAGGCAGAGGCAGCAACAGCAGGAGGCCUUGCGCCGACUGCAGCAACAGCAACAGCAGCAGCAACUUGCACAGAUGAAGCUCCCAUCUUCUUCAACAUGGGGUCAUCAAUCCAAUUCAAGAGCAUGUCAGUCUCAGGCAACAUUAUCAUUAGCAGAAAUCCAGAAACUUGAAGAAGAAAGAGAGCGGCAGCUUAGGGAAGAGCAAAGGCGUCAACAGCGUGAACUAAUGAAAGCUCUACAGCAGCAGCAACAACAACAACAACAAAAAUUGUCUGGUUGGGGAAAUGUUGCCAGACCUGCUGGCACUACAAAAUCUCUCUUGGAGAUACAGCAGGAAGAGGCACGGCAGAUGCAGAAGCAGCAGCAGCAACACCAGCAGCAGCAGCAGCAGAACAGGUCCCGAAGCUCAGCACAACAUUCUAAUCUACAUACCAACAUCGGCAAUUCAGUAUGGGGCUCUCUGAACACCAGUCCUAGCAGCCAAUGGGCAUCAGACCUUGUCAGCAGUAUUUGGAGCAAUGCUGACACAAAAAACUCUAACUUGGGAUUCUGGGAUGAUGCAGUCAAAGAAGUGGGACCUCGUAAUACGGCCAAUAAAAAUAAGAGCAAUGCUAGCAUCAGUAAAUCUAUAGGUGUUACAAGUAGACAGAAUAAGAAGGUUGAAGAAGAAGAAAAACUGUUGAAGUUAUUCCAGGGGGUUAAUAAACCCCAAGAUGGAUUCACUCAGUGGUGUGAACAAAUGCUUCAUGCACUCAACACAGCCAAUAAUUUGGAUGUUCCCACAUUUGUUUCCUUCCUGAAGGAAGUUGAAUCUCCUUACGAGGUCCACGAUUACAUCAGAGCCUACCUUGGAGACACACCAGAAGCCAAGGAAUUUGCCAAACAGUUUCUUGACCGCCGUGCCAAACAAAAAGCCAACCAACAGUGGCAGCAACAGGAAUCUGUGUGGGGGAUGAACCACAGUUCAUUGCACUCAGUCUUUCAGACUAACCAGAGCAACAACCAACAAUCCAACUUUGAAGCAGUACAGAGUGGCAAAAAGAAGAAGAAACAAAAAAUGGUUCGUGCAGAUCCCAGCUUGUUAGGUUUCUCAGUUAAUGCUUCAUCAGAGCGGCUGAAUAUGGGAGAAAUAGAGACUUUGGAUGACUACUAAGUAUAUGCAACUCGACUGGCUUUUCCUGUGUCUGUUAACCAUGCAUUCUCCCCGGACAGAGUACUUUCAGUUCCCUGCAGUCAUCUUUACCUUGCAAAUGGAUCACAAAAUCAGUCUUUUCAUGCUGGUGUCUCCAGCCUCAACAAGUCCUUUUUUUCCGGGAUUGCACAACCACUUUUGUUUAUAGCAGUCCCUGCUCCUUCCUUUUGAACAUUUGAGAAAGAUGUAUUGAUGAGGCUGAGUGCAAUUCACUGUGCAGCAUUUUUUUCUCCCAGGAUAUUUGGAAAGCCAUUUGGAGGUCUACAUAUGGUAGCUUCCCUCCCUUCUUGCCCCAUCACUCUGAUCACAUCUGAUGCAAUCAGUGGAGAGCUCAUGGUUAACAGAUGUCAUUCAGAACCAAAUGCCACGCAGAUACUGACUUCCAUGCUCCAUCCAGGCAAAGUUGCCUUCUAGUUUCAGGAGAUGUAUUCAUAAGCUAACAGUAGAACUGGCAACAGCAAGGAAUGGUGGUGGUGGGCAGCAUUCAGUUUGGAUUGGUUUGACAUUGCACAUCCCUGCCAGCCUUUCUUCAGCACAUUGAAUUUGGAGAAGUUCAAGUCAGUCUUCAUUGGGUGGUGAUGCUAAAGCUACUGGAGUACAUGCUUCAGCACACUCCAGCCUUCCUGGAUAUUUGGGGACUCGAGUUGUGGGAGGAGGCACUUACUUCAGGCUCAAUUUCUCCUGUAAUAAUAUUUCCUCCAGAAUGAUUGGGCCAGUUAUUUUGGACCCUUCUGCUGUGAAUUUGUCUCGUUUCAGAGACACAUAGGAUCCUUACCAUGUGUAUCUUCACCAGGUGGGAGUUAUGUGGGAGUUGACACUACCUUUGGAACCUGAAACUUAGCCAGAUUUUAUCUGGUUCAUAUGAUGGUGGUUCAGAAUGUUGUAAAUUCUGCAGCAGCAUUUAACACCAAGGAACAGGGUGCUGUCAUCUUCAAAGUGAAAUAAAUGAGUCAAGGAAUCUGA